GCAUUUCCUUCCGCUUUCGAUAAUCGUACUUCGAAUUUCUUACAACAGUGUACCCACCCAAAAGUGAACAAGCACUUAAGGGUAAAAAAUUACCCUAAUGACGGCAGGCAGCAGCAGCCGGCGACUGGCCAUUCAUGAAUGUAUGACGCGCGCGCCUCAGUCGAAUACGGACCGGUGUGCAAGAGCGACGUGUUUGAAAAUGUGUCGGAGUGGUUUUAAAAGCGAGUGCGUUUAUUACACAAAUAGUUAGCUUGCCAACUAGUAAAUUUACAAUUGAAACAACAUGUGUCUAAAAGGUGAAAGAUGUGUUAAAAUCUUAAAAUAAGAGCAAAUGCUUACGAGCGAUUAGAAUGAAGCAAGAAUAAAGAAAAUAAAGGUUGAGAAAUUGUGAAAGUGUCUGUGCCAACAAAACCUCAGAGUGCCUCAGAGCGUAAUCAAGUAGAUAAAGAAAAUCUACUCUCAUCAAUUCACACUGCCACAUUCCUAAGCCAAAUAGGAGAAAAUUGCAAUUUUGCAUUGCGUAAAGUGUUUCAAAUUGCAUUGCAAGCAUUAAAAAAAAUACAAAAACCAAACAGCCGGCCGGCGACUCACUCAUUUUGCCCGCGAAUCACAAAUACUUUCGUUUAUAAUCUCCACAUUAAAAUUUACUUACUCUUCCAAUUCGAAUACGCUGUGCGCCGAAGAUGCCGUUCGUACAGCGCGUCGUUCAACCGACGCGGCUGGCGCUAGCUUCCACCUCCAGCGCUGAUGAGCGCGCGCGAGCCACCAAAUUCCACUGCACACCAGGCAAAUGUAAAAACAACAACUGCAUCAAUAAACAAACUACACAAAUACAACAAACACAACAAUCGAAUGGAGAACACGUGAGAGAGGAAGCUUGCAUUGAGAGCACUGGCGGUGAUGGUGGUGGUGUAAAUUCAAGGACAACAACCAGUGCCAAGGACACUGCACAGCAGCAGCAGCAGCAAUCGAGGAGUCUUGCAGCAACACCCACCGCCGGUGUUAACCAAACGCCCACUACCACUAUUACCAGAGCAAUAAUACAUGUGUCACAACAAAACGGCGAAACAACGAACACGCUCGACUUCACUACAAAAACAACCGCCACAUCAGCACCAACUACGCCAAUGCGUGACAUUGUCGAUUGCUCUAAUCAUCUUCAUCAUCAUCAUCAUAAUCAAGCAAAUGGCUAUACAUGCAGUUUCAGUUAUGCCACCGAUACGGAAGAAGAAAUCUCUGUGGCAACAACAUCUACUCCAACAGCUGGACCGGUGCUUUCUUUGAAAAAGCUUAAGCAUCAUGUGGAGUUUUUGUCCACUGUUCCUUCACCGACACGCAGCGUCAGUGCUGGCGAAAUGCACGGACCACAACAACAACAACAUCAACAACGCCAAUUGCAAUUGCAGCGCCAACGUCAACAACAGCAGCGUACGCAAUCGCCAACAGCCGCAAAAAUUGUCUCCGGUCAUGAAUUUGAAUCAAUUAGUAAUCUAACGCUGAGCAACGCUUUACGUCAAUUGGCAUCGCUGGUGCUAUUAGCAAGCGAUAUAUUCGAUGAGCUGCACAGCGAGCUGCUUUCGGUGGGCGAGCGGGCACGCAAUGUACAAAGAAAAGUUUUAGCUGUGGAGCAGCGCGUCUCCGCCUACAAUCCGAAGAUGGUCACAGUUCGUAAGUGUCUAAACUAUGCCAUUUUUAAUCACUUAUUUAUUUAAUUGUUUUGUACUUAAAAAACACAAUUUUAGUGCACGAUUGGCUUUCUAUUAGGGCUGGAAGUGCUUUUUUGAAUAGCCGAAUAUCUGAAUAUAGAUAUGAUUAAAAAACAAAUCUAAUCUCCGGAUAUUAACCUGAUAUUCGGAUGAGAAAAAUUAAAGCCUAUUAACCGGU